AUGUAUGCGGUCGAGACGCUCUCGCACAAGAUGUUUGUCGAUGCGUACGCGCUGGCAGAUGCCGCCCGCGACCGGGCUAGUGAUGCAGACUACCCGCUUGCCGCGCCGCUCGAGGUCAUGGAUCUUGAGGCUCCAGCCCACCGCGGAAAGCCGGGGCUCGUGUUAGUUGCGCUGGGACACACCGCGUCUCAGCACGACAUUUGCUACCAGUUUGACCUGCACCUCCGGCUGCAGUGA